AUGGCAACAACCUAUCGUUCACAAACUGUACGUCUUGAACCAACAUCACGUGUGGUUCCUACGAAUUAUACUUAUGAUCAACCAAAUAUACUUCGACAACAACAACAACAACAACCUCAAGUAAACAUUGUUGUAACAGAACCUGGUCAAGAUGUAUGGCAAUUUGAACAUCCAUGGUCAACUACACUUUGUUCAUGUUGUACAAACAUGAAACUAUGUUGUUUUGCUUUCUUUUGUCCAUGUUGUUUUGAAUAUAAGUUAUACAAACAGGCCGGAGAGAAUAUAUGUGGAUGUAUGUGUCCUGGUUCACGAUUUGCAUUAAGAACAAAAAUUCGUACAGCAUUUCGUAUUGAAGGUGAUCUAUGUAAUGAUUGUUGUGUUUCGACAUUUUGUCCAUGUUGUAGCGCGAUUCAAAUGGCUCGCGAAUUAUAUUAUCAAGGUCUUUAA